UUUAUUUCGUGUCAUGGCUCACUGGUACGGCCGCAUUCCUUCGGACUUCUCCUUCAUGACCUUGCUUCGUGCUUUUAAACUUUAUGUCACGACUACUGAAAGUUUGUAGUGAGAAAACGUAACCUCAGUCUCUACUCUAGAGGCCUGAGUUUCAUCAAGGAUUUGAAUGGACAAACUGAAUACCCUUGCAAAGGUCGAUUCAGUUCCACCGGGUCCGUGAAGCGGCGAUGGUGAAGAUUCUGCUUUUGAUCGGAGCCCUGUGCUCGAUGACUGUUACUCGUGCAGGCCCACCAGGCCCACCCCGAGAUGUCAAGAUAGAGGAAACUUGUGGUAGCAUCACUCUUACCUGGCAACAUCCAUUGGACAAUGGUGGCAUGCCUAUCAUCAAUUAUGUUAUAACAAUAUUGUUAGAUGGCAAUGUGCUUCAGAUCAGAAAUGUUGACUGGCCUGCGUGGAUGCACAAGUUCAGUUUUCGAUUUGAACCAGAAACUAGCUAUGAAUUGCGGCUAAAAGCGAGGAAUGAGCCAGGAACAGGAAAUGAAGAGUUACUGUUUAUCACAGCUAACGAAUUCUGUGUGCCCGGAAAAGCUACCAUCACAAACAAAGAGAUUAAUGUUUAUGUAGACUUCAUUGUAACCUGGACAAAACCAGCUUAUAACGGUGGUGGUGCAAACUUAACAUACACACUGGAAUGGCGCAAGAAACCCUCAGAUAACAACACAAAAGUGGCUAAGAGGGAAAACAUCCAAGAAACUCGAUCCGCAAUUACUGGUCUUGAGUCUGAGUCAGAGUAUGAAGUAAAACUCUUUGCAGUCAACUCAGCAGGUGAUAGUGAGGCGGAUACCAAACAUUUCAAAACAAAGAAAGAACCUGUUUCUCCAUCAGCCGAGGGACCUGACCUAGUGAUGUUAAUCUCAUCUUCAUCUCUGGCAGUGCUGUGCAUCAUUUUAGUAAUCCUAGUGCGCAUUGCUUGGUCACUCCGACGGAACACACCCCUCAAAAAAGAUUUGAGGCAUAGAGCUAAGAAAAGCGACCAGCCUGAAGAAUACGAAGAAAUCGAGCUGUCUCCGCUUGCGAUGAUGGUGCCUAGCGACAGUGCUCCGAAUCCGGACAAUGUGCAAGCUUCAAGCGCUUUUUCCCACAUCUCUUCACGUCUGCACGCGCCAAUAGAGGGAGAGAAAGACGGAGAAUACGAAAACUUCAAUCAAACCAAGACUUCGGACAACGCGAAUAGAUAUCUGCCUCUCACCGAUGCAAGCAAUCUUGAGAUGUCAGCCAACAAUUGUAGCACACAUGCAUCACUUUCGCAGUCUAAAGAAGAAGAGGGUGAUAACCCCUAGGGCGACGGCGAAUUACACUCUUCAUUUCUAUAAGAACCUUUUUGAAAAGAAAGUUGAGGCUGAGAGUAACCAAAAUUUUAAGAACCCACUUUUAACAUACCUAAGCUGAGAUUCGGUUAAGAAUGUCUUCAUUUUGCUCAUAGGUAAAAGAAAUGUAAAAAAAUGAACAAUGAACUCGGUUACUUAGGGAGUACGAAGCAUUUUUCUUAUUUCCGAGUAGAUUUAUGGAAAUACUAUACCUCACAACUUAAAUAACAUGUUAAGAACGUUUUAAGCCUCAAGUCGUAAAGAACUAAAAGAAGGGUCUUUGGCAUUCCCAAAAUUAGAGUGUACGUUAAUUCAAUAAAUGAUUUGAGGCCGUGCUAACGCGGAGGCUGGUAAUAAGGCUGGUAGUUGAUUAUUUUCUAUUUCCUUAGCGAAUUUAUCUCACAACUAGUGUGACUGUUACCUUUUGUUACUGUGAGUGAGAAAAUAGUCUAUUUAACUCUACAAAAUAUGUGUAUAAGGCUGUUAUAAGUUUCAUACUCUCCUAUUGCGAAUUGGACAAGAAAACAGAUGUUCAAUUUCAACAGAUAAUUAAACUUUGCGGUAAUUAUGUUCAUGCGCUUGACAAAGAAGACAGUAAAUUGCUCUGGU